GAACUUCACCUCAAUCAAUCUGAUUUGUAAUGCCGUUCGGUUCGGUUCGCUAGCCAGUGCGUCAGCGAGUGUGCUUUUCCACCGUUUUUCCCGAGCGUGUGUGACCGUGUGCGUACGUGUGCCGGCCCGUGAAGCGAAGAGAACGUGCUCGUCGUCAGAUCGUUAGCAAGGCCUACUGUGUCGCGUUAGUGUUUUGGUGCGUGUUAGUAUCCAGUUAGUGUCCUGUCAGGUUCGUUCUCGUCUUCCUCGAGCGGUGUUACAAGCACAGGGAGCACAACACCUGCUGCGUGCAAGAAGAAAAAAAACGCGUGUACACAGCGAGGAAAAAAAUCCAGUGCCCGUCUGUGUGCGUGUGUCGAUGUGCGUGUGAGUGCGCCACCCGCAAAGGGUGUGCAAUAGUAGUUGAAGGGUAGUAGUGACGGCAGUACACGGGAGGUGUAGUGUAAAACCGGGCAAUUCAAAGUAGUAGUGUGUGCCGUUUUGAUUUUUAUCCUGUUUGUGCAGAAAAGAAGAAAGAGCGAGAGCGCGAGUGUGCUGCUUGUGGUGUGUGGAAGAAAAAAAAGGUGAAAUUAGCGAAACAAGCGGGUCCUUGUGCGUUACGGCUAAAGCGUUACGCGCUAAGCGUUACUCACAUCCAUUACUGUUAGCGAUUUGUACUACUACUGUGUGUUGUGUGUAGCUACAGUGAGUGAUUUUCGGUGUACGAACCACCACACCACCACACGACUGUAGAAGAUGGCGGACGACGAUAACACGCUGGAGGAGAUCCCGGAGGCGGAGAACAAGAAUGCGCUCCGCAACCGUGGACGCAAGGGUGCGCUCAAGAAGAAGAACGUUUAUAAUGUCAAGGAUCAUCGCUUUAUACCGCGCUUUUUCAAGCAGCCAACGUUCUGUUCGCACUGCAAGGACUUCAUUUGGGGCUUUGGCAAGCAAGGAUUCCAAUGUCAAGUUUGUUCCUUUGUCGUGCACAAACGAUGUCACGAGUACGUUACCUUCAAGUGUCCGGGUGCGGAUAAGGGAGCAGAUUCCGAUGACACCCGUACCAAGCAUGAGUUUAAAGUGUGGACCUAUUCGAGUCCAACGUUUUGCGAUCACUGUGGUUCGCUGUUGUACGGUUUGAUCCACCAGGGGCUUAAGUGUACAGCAUGUGAUAUGAACGUACACAAACGGUGCGAGGAAAGCGUACCGAACCUCUGCGGAUGUGAUCAUACCGAGCGCCGAGGGCGUAUCCAGCUGACGAUCACGCAUGCGGGUGGCAAGCUCCACAUUGAAGUGAAACAGGGCCGUAACCUUAUUCCGAUGGAUCCCAACGGUUCCAGCGAUCCGUACGUCAAGAUCAAACUGAUCCCGGACGCGGAUAAUGUGAAAAAGAAAACCAAAACCAUUCGCGCCUCGCUGAACCCGGUGUGGAAUGAAACGCUUAUAUUUGAUCUCAAGCCGGAAGAUAAGGAUCGUCGGCUGCUGAUCGAGGUGUGGGAUUGGGAUCGUACCUCGCGGAACGAUUUCAUGGGAUCGCUUUCGUUUGGCAUCUCGGAAAUCCUUAAGAACCCGGUGGAUGGAUGGUUCAAGCUGCUCACGCAGGAGGAAGGCGAGUACUACAACGUACCGGUGCCGGAGGAGGGUGCCGAUCUUGUGCAGCUUAAGAGCCAAAUGAGGAAAACAUCCAUCACGAAGAAGAUACCGAUGAUGGGCGAUAAGGAUGUACCGCAUAAUAUGACGAAGAAGGACGUCAUUCGGGCGACCGACUUCAACUUCCUGAUGGUACUGGGCAAGGGUUCGUUCGGCAAGGUGAUGCUGGCCGAACGCAAGGGUACGGAUGAGCUGUACGCGAUUAAGAUCCUGAAAAAGGACAUCAUCAUCCAGGACGAUGAUGUGGAGUGCACGAUGGUGGAGAAGCGCGUGCUAGCAUUGUCGAGUAAGCCACCGUUCUUGGUGCAGUUGCAUUCCUGUUUCCAAACCAUGGAUCGUUUGUACUUCGUCAUGGAAUACGUCAACGGUGGUGAUCUUAUGUUCCAAAUUCAGCAGUGUGGCAAGUUCAAGGAACCAGUUGCUGUGUUCUACGCAUCGGAGAUUGCCAUCGGACUGUUUUAUUUGCACGCACGCGGCAUCGUGUAUCGCGAUCUGAAGCUGGAUAACGUGCUGCUGGACAUGGACGGCCAUAUUAAGAUUGCGGAUUUCGGCAUGUGCAAGGAGGGCAUCAUGGCCGAUAAGACGACGAAAACGUUCUGCGGCACACCGGACUAUAUUGCGCCGGAGAUCAUUUUGUACCAACCGUACGGCAAGUCAGUUGACUGGUGGGCCUACGGUGUGCUGCUGUACGAGAUGCUCGUUGGUCAACCACCGUUCGACGGUGAGGAUGAGGAGGAACUGUUUGCGGCCAUCACCGAUCAUAACGUUUCGUACCCGAAGAGCUUGAGCAAGGAAGCCAAAGAUGUUUGCAAGGGGCUACUCACCAAGAACCCCCAGAAACGCUUGGGCUGUGGAGCACGUGGUGAAGAAGACGUUCGUGCGCACGCAUUCUUCCGUCGUAUCGAUUGGGAAAAGAUUGAAAACCGUGAGGUGCAACCACCGUUUAAGCCAAAGAUUAAACAUCGCAAGGAUGUGUCAAACUUCGAUCGCCAGUUUACGUCCGAGAAGACCGAUCUUACACCGACCGAUAAGCUGUUCAUGAUGAAUCUCGACCAGACGGAGUUCAACGGCUUCUCGUAUCUUAACCCGGAAUUUGUGCAGUACGUCUAAGUGCGCCGGUACCAGCAAACCAGCAAACAGUUUAUUGGCAAAUGCUCAAGCUUGCCCGUUUUGUUGUGUGUUUUGUUUUUGGUACGAUAUUUUAUUUGUUUUUGUAUAAUUGUUUUAGUGUCUUCGAAUUAUCUAUUGUUAUUUCGCGCGUGCACUCAUCCAAAGAGAUUCUUAUGUUCUAAGUAGUAGUCAUCGUGUAUGUCGCAGAAGGAGUACGCAGGAGGAGUUGUUGUAUUUGAAAUUAUAUUUGCCAGUAUUUUCUACUACUCCAUCUUCUUCGUUAAUAAUGAUAGCAACAAUAACAAAAAAAAAAAAAUGGGAAUUUUGUGAAAAUUUCAAUUGCCAUACGCUCUCUCACUCCUAAUCUCUAUCGUCUUCCCGUCGCGCAUGGGAUGGUUUCUGUUAUAUUGUUAGUAAGCGAUAAAUAAGCGCAGCAAGCUUUGCUUGCCAUACGACUUAAGUCAGCAAAACCAUAAACAAGAAACCCUACUAAACGAUUUGUGUUGGUUUUAAAAAUUUUCUUGCCCAAUAUAAGUGAUUCGUUUACUAGCGAAAACUCGUACUUCAAAUCGUUUUUAAGACCUUAUCGGUACUCUCGUAAUAUUCCUGUACAUGUUUAGCUAGUAAAUAAGAAAGGCACCGAGGAUUUGUCGUGUACGUUACGAUCCAUCUGUACCGGCCUUAGGUGUGGGAAUCUAAUUGCCAAAAAAAGAAAACAAACAAACACUUUUAUCUACUAAUACCACUUUUACACUCAUUACCGUUGCCCAACCAUCGCUUUAGGUGGUGUUCGGUUUGAAGCGUACCACUCCCUAGCUUUGGAUGUGAACUAUGAACAGAAUCGAACAUCCCCCUCCCCUGGAACGGUUCCGGUUGUGUGCACACCUUUAAAACAUCUGCACCUUGUUAAAAUCUACACACUUUUAUACUAUAUAAGCGUAUAUAUGAUAUGAUAUGCGUGCGCUACGGGCUCAUUAAAAAUGGGUAAGAUGAAAUCCGUUUUUGCAGGUUGGAUUAAUUUAUCUAGUACGGAAACAACUGCAAAAUUUGAGAAUUCAGUUCAACUUUUGCGUUCCUGUUCGUGUUGGAUAUGUUCAGUAACUUAGAUGAUUGUGUUUUUUUGUUGUUGUUGCGUACUAAACUAGAUUGAAGCAAAUGAUCGUUUUUGAAAAUGGUAGUAAAACAACAACAGUAACAUUAACUAACAAGCAAACAACCAAGUAAAAUGCUCCAUUUGGCUGUGUGCACAGAUCAUGUUUUAAUUGACCCGCGUGGUCAAGUGUUUAAACGCCCUAUUUACUCAGCAUUUCAACAACAACAACAAAAGAAAAGAAAAGAAACCUAAAGGUAGCUAACGAAGAAGCAGAAACACAGAAUCUCUCUUAUCAAAAGGGAUUGGAUUUUUAGAUAACAAAACAAAAGAAGAACAAGUAAAACCAUUACAUUUAGCAUAGCAGCACCUAAAUCAUUCGUCAGUCAUACGCAUUCACUGCUUGAACGGAUGUGUAUGGCAAAAAGGAAACGUAGCGGACACAGAUAUAUACAAAUUAACCAAUUAAAGAACAAUGCAACACGUAAGACAGGAUCAAAACAUGUGUAGGUCUCGUGUGUACUAAGAAAACACCACUUUUUUCACUAUUAUAGAGCAUUAAAGUUGAAGCGAAGCUAACAAAGGUUCCAAAUGAAGGGUAUAUAGGCACAUUCAUUCACAUUCACAUGUGGGAAAAUGGCGGUUCUUGAUGUUGUAGAUUAACCCCACACGUACCAUGGAAAGCAGGGGUUUUUGGCCACGCCACCUAGUAGUACGAGCAAUGCCAAAAACCGUGAUCAAUUGCUCGAAGAACUUGAAGAAGAUAACGCUGGAGGAGGAUGAACAAAAAAAAAGAUUAAAGGAAAAGAUAAAAUUACUCACGUGCCACAGAAACAACACAAUCAAUCAACAUGAGAAUUUUGCACUAAACCAAAAACACAACAUCAGUGCACGCGGUUCGCGAUUUAUCGGUAGCAAUUGUCGAAUACAUACUCGGUUUUAGUAGCAAUAAUAGUAAUUACCGUAUAAUAAUCACAGAUGACGCAGAUGAGAGAAGAGGAAUGCUAUAACAAUCCAAAAAGAAAACAAAAAAAAAACUCUAUCGUCUGACUGUUCUGUCCGCCUGGAAGCAUAACCAGGCGUGUGAGAAAUCUUUACAUAGUAAGAACAGAUAAACACCUAUCACAAACUACCGAUCAUGUACUACUUGUAAAGAUCUUCUACAAGAAUCUUUUUCAGCGUACGCUUUAAAAGAUUUGAGAGAAAAAAGUAUGUAAAUCAUCCUUUCCUUUCUGACGCCUAAACUUACAAUCUACUUAUACAACCUCUUUCUCUUUCUCACUUUCCCUUCAUCUAUCUCUUUCUCUCUCUUUCUCUCUGUCUCUCUCUUUCUCUCUCUCUCUCGAAACCUGUUUAUGAACAACCAAAAGGAGCUUUAAUCUUGCACUUUACUGAUAUAUUUAUAUAUGUAUCGAAUAAAGCAAAAACAAUGUGAGGUAAAAUAAAGGGAGAAAACUAGCAAGAUCCGUAGUAGGGGUGAAAGAUAUAUUUCCAGCAGGAAUAAAGCGCAUUAUAUAACUAUUACUAGCAAAACAAAACAAGAGAAAAUACAUAACAUAUUAUUGAUAGAGUACAUUAUACAUUUUCCGCGACGUUCGGAAACAAAGUAACAUCACACCGGGCUUAGAAAACUUGCAACAACAAAAAAAAAACGGUCAGAACCGGACGUACAAGUUACGCUACCAAGAUUACUUAACCACAGUGGCGGACAGGCAGGAGCUAGAUGGACACGUUAAAAAAAAUCCAUAGCACCAGCAAAGCAAUUCAUGGCACAGGGACACAUAAAUUGGAGAUAAGUAAGCUAAAUAUUUCACCUCUUGCAACUACAUAUGGUAAAAAAGAACACAAAAGACAAACAAGCGAACAUGACAGAAACACAAGCACAUGCACACCUGGAAGCCGGGAAGAAGGUGAAAACAGUUGUAACUGACAGAAACAAUCUUACAGAGAUCUAUUUAUUGUGAAUUUGCAAGAUUUGCUGUGUAUUGUCUCAUGGCGGAAGAUGAAUGUGGAAAAUAUAUUGAACAAAAGAAAAUCUACAACUGAAUCCACUUGUCAGAGAUUCAUGGAAGUAAUAGCAAGCGGUAAAAAGCAAUUUAUUCACAAAAUAUAUACAUAUAUACACACACACACUCACUAACUCAAGCAAAAACAAAAAAAAAACACACAUACACAAAUCACACAAGAGAAUGCGAUAUUUUCACAAUACAAAUAAUGCGCAAUCGUAUUCUUUUCUAGAGUGGUUAGAGAUGUACGAGCGAGUAGCUGAACAUAGUUUAACGGUGUAACUGAGAAAGAAAGAAAGAGAGAAAGAAAGAGAAGAGAAAGAUAGAAAGAGAAAAGAAUAUAAAAAUGGAUAAAAGAAAAUGGCAAGAAACACGUGCAGACGCAUACAAACUAAGCAAUGGAUGGAUACUAGGACUGAGGAAAGUGAAACUGAAUACAUAAAGAAGUUGCAUGAAACGAUCUAAUAGAUCAUAUCAGAUAGGAGGGAAGGUGAACAUACACGUAGCAAAACAUAAAAGGAAAACAAAAGAUGAUGAAAUGAUAAUGAAACGCAUUUCGAUGUGAUUGGAUUGUAGUUCGGUAGAUGGGAAUCGUUCAAAGCGUAUGUAAACGAAAAUGACAAUCUAUAUAAAACGAUAUAACAGACAGCUGAUGAUGAAGCAGUGUGCAAUGGAAGUAAAACAGUAAAAGAAGUAAACCAAUUAGUUUAAAUGUGACACAACAAAGAAAAUACUGACUAGAGAAUACAUAAGUGAAACAAAAAAAAGGAGAAAAAAAGGAUAUAUAACGUUAAGUAGUAGAACACAGGAAGACAAAACAGAACUAAUCACAUUGGGUUGGUGUUCGCACUUUUCUCUCUCAGACACACAUACACAUACACACAUGUACUUUGAGCCUACACCCUUCUAUAAGAAAGAAGUGACGAGAUGAGAUGGCCCCCGAUGCUCUUACUUCCGUGCAAACCUGUAUAGUCUGUAAACAUUCCAGAGUACUGUCUAAAGACGCAACACGAGAAAGCGAUGGAGAGAGAGCGAUAGAGAAAACAAAAGAUGAAAACCCAAUGAGGGAAAAAAGGAAUUGAUUCAGCAAAUGGGUCACCUUAGUGAGAUGGAAUAAUGAGACCGAUAGUCGUAAAAAAUACGGACUUCAUUUGUUUUUUUAAAUUUUUGAGUUCUUUCGUCGUUUGAAUGAUUUCCUUGUCUGUUUGUUUCCUUCUAAUACGAGACGUCACUAAUUAGAGUUUAGUUUUGAAAUACUGUGUUAGUGUAACCAAAUUUAAUUCUUAUUUAUAAACAUUAGGAACGAGUGUUGUUUAGUUUAGAAAGGUGUAAGAUAUUGUUACACGCAUCUAUUAUUACACGUUAGCUAAUUAUGAAACGUUAGUUCGAAAACGCUAUACACUAUACAGAGUUUUAACUAAUCCUUCGGUUAAUUUUAGGCUAGCAUUAAAACUGUGACCAUAUACUGUGAGCAAUGUGAGCAAGCAUUCAUUAGCAUCUAUGUACUACGAGCUACUAGUAACGGUUAAUUGAUUAGUCCUAUGUCAUAUCAAGCAUUUACUUUAAACAUUUCUUAAACGAAAUUCCAGCCAAAAGCGUUUAAAAUUGUUUUAUUCAUUACUGCGUGCAAGAGUGAUUCGGUGAGCGAGAGCGAGAUUCUAGUGUAGAACACAAAAACCAAAUUUAUAAAGAACACCCACACAGAGAUAGGCUCGUAAAGAGAAUGGCAUAUAAAAACAGCAUGAAACAUUAAAACACAAGCAAAUAAAUAAAUAUUCCUAAACUGGAGAUAAUAGAUAAAAACACAAAACAAACGAGAGCAAAAGCUUAUACGAACCUGAUAGGAAAACGUCUUACAAAAACCAAACGGCAAUCAGAAAAUGGCGGAUGUUUGUUAAGGCCAUUGCGAACAAUCAUCAACACUACUAGUGAACGGGUCGAUGAAUGCAUUAUGAAGCCGUGGUAAAUAGAAAGAAGAAGAAAAAAAAACACACACACACACACACGCAAAACAGAACUGUACUGGCACCUACAAAUUUACAUUAUACACUAUUAAUCUAUUUAAAAGAAAAAAAGAAACCCACCGUGUGGUUUUGUUAACGUUGACAGUAGCCUUUCUAAUAGAACGACCUAGAAGAGAGAAGAAAGAAAAAAAACAACCCCCUAAUGUUUCUCUCCCUCAUUAGCCAGGUUUCUCUGAGCUGCUCAGAACUUACAAACACUAGUUUGCUUCGUUUGUUAUCCGCCGCUAGUUGUUUGAGAGUUUUACGAAAAAUGUCAAAAUCGAAAUGAGAAAUUUGAGACAUACAUUUUUACAUUAAAAUCCCACCCCGUUUUCUGCCCACCAAAUUCCGCUCCCUGACGCUUACACUAUCAGGUGCGGGUUUAGUGUGAUGCCCAAUGCCAGGGGAACGCAUUGCGAACAACAUCGUGAUUGAAAAGCUUGACAAAAAUAAAAUAAAAAUACCAGGGACGAAACGAUAAACAAAACAAGUGUAUAAAAAGUGACAAUUAAUAAAAGAAAACAAAAAAACAACAAACAAAAGUAAUAUAUAACAACCAGAAGGUACGGGUUUACACCCGGUUAAAGGGAUUAAAGCAAAAUAAAAACAAAAAACCAACAUCAAAAACAGGGUUUAAGAACAGCCCACAAAACAGGAAAACAACAAACGCUAACCGAAAGUCAGAGGCUCUGGUGUGGGCUUCAGGAAAGUACAUAUGGUAUAUGCAGGAUACAAUUUCUAUUUCACCACUGCCUUAAUUUUUAACAAAUCUAUAGCAAAUCGAAACGUUGUACGAACAGGCAUAAACGGCGCAGCAAGAUAUCGGUUGAAGAUCGGAAUCAUUCGAAAGCGCGUAAGGGAAACAGCAAUUGCUACCGAAGAAAAAAAACAAACAAACUGACAUUAACCGAAUGGACUCUUAAAGCAAACAAAAGAAAAAAAGAAGAAAAAAACAAUGAGAAGGAGACUUUACAAUUUAACUGAUGUAACAAAAAUAUGGAAACUAAAGCAAAAAAAAAGAGAAACAACCGAAACCUUCUAGCAUAGACACGCCUAUUGGAGUACGGUGAGAACAAAACGUUGGGAAAUAAAUAAAUGGGAUAAAUAAAUUUAAAGAAAAAACCAACCUAAAAGUGAGAUAAACCAUAAAGUCAAACAUGUGACGAUAUCGAGUACGAGGACAAAAUGAAUAAGUAAACCGAAGUAAUACGUGGUUGAAACAAAACAGCAACAAACAAACACAGGAAUGGAAGCGUAUAUUUCAUCGAUUGUUGUACUCUUUCGAAAUGAUGUCUUCUUCCUCUAGCUCUAUAUUUCCGUUUUAUUAAAUGACAAAUACAAAACCACUCGAUAGCAUGACGUGACGAAUGGAAGCAUUUGCGUAAGCGUACGGUGGAACAUGUGUUUCACACUGCGAUGGAUGCAGAUAAAGAACCAUAUUAAGAGAUAAUGUAGGUAGCAUACGAGCGGUUUUGACCCUUCAAAAUGCCAUCAAGUCGAGUCUCAUAAAAUGAAACAAAACGCAUACCAUCUGGAUGUUGCUAUUGUAAGGAGAUUUUAAGAUAAAGAUUCCUCUCAAUCACACCGUCACCAUCAAAUGGCAAACACGUACACUCACGAAAACACGAAACUCUUUGUGCAACUUGAACCAAAAUUUACUUUUUACGUGUACCACGAAUUUUUCGAAUAGGAAUACGCACGUGUAAUCUAUCGGAGCGAGAGUAUGUACGUGGUAGUGGUUAAUGGUUGAAUGGUCUACAGAAAGGUAUAGAAGGGUAAGGAAGUGUGAAACGAAUGUCUAGUGUAGUUUAUGUAGAUGAACAUGUACGAGCGCCAUUGUAAAAGCAACGCUUGUGAAAGGAUCUGUGAGGAAUAUAAAAGAGAAAAGAGAAGGAGAUAGAGAGAGAGAAAGGUAAAGGAAGAGGAAAAGAAAAACGGAACGGAAAAAAACAAAAACGCGAAGCGCAUAUUAUUACGAACCUUUCAGUGUUUCUGUUUCCAUACAAUUCAAAACACUUCUCAUUGUUGUGAUUCGAUUUUGAAGCUAAUAUAGAGUGCUACAUCAAGCUGUAUAAGGAUAUAAAGAGAGUAAAAACAAAAACGAAUGAAAAAUCAUCAUCAAAAUAUACCAAA